UUUAACAUUGGAUUAUAUCCUUUCGAUAGUGAAGCUUUAGAAAUUGUAUCUAAAUCAACAAACAUGAAUCGGCUUAAACAAAUAGAUGUAAGUUUUUAAGCGUUUCAUCGCUAGUUUAAAUGAAAACAAAACACGGGUUAUUCAAACAAGAUUAUUCUUAAAGAACAUUUUAAAUAAAUAUUAUAUUUAUUUUGUGGACCUGUACUCCCCUGUUAGAAAAGGAAUUAAAGUGAUGGAGUGAACUUUCAAAAGGAAAAAAUAAUUUUUUAGAUUCUGUUGAUAGAGAAUGGAGUUAGAGUAUACAGACGGAAUUUGCAGGGACAGGCUUUUUGAGCUACCAGUGAAUAUAUUUAAUGUGUUCUCAUGUUCCAUGUGUUAUAAAUAUCUUUUUCACACGGGAAAUAAAUUAACUCCUCAAAUUGAAAAACCGUGGGUGCUUGUUCCAGCAGAAAAUGCGCGGACACAUUACUCCGAAAACUUUUCCGUCUUAGCUGACGUAAAAGAUGCCAAUUAUCGUGAUGUCAUAUGCAAUUCUCUUAACGAUGAAGAAUGCACGCGCUGGGUGGACUGUUGCCAGGCAGCAAUAGGAUGCUGUCAAAAACAGUUAAGCACCCCGCUGAUUAACUUCACAACCGGUGAGUUCUGUCCACGCACGUGGGACGGGUACAGUUGCUUUGACGACGUCCUGCCCUCUACUCGAGUACAGCAGUCCUGUCCAAGCUACAUAGAGCAUGGAUCCACUUCCGCCUACGCGUACAAAGACUGUACAGAAAAUGGUACAUGGUGGGUGAACCCGGUUACUGGCUCGGAAUGGACAAACUACACAACAUGUGUACCGAAACAGGACUUCCAUACGGUGGUUUAUGUGGGGCUGGCGUGUAACAUACUCAGUCUCCUUCUUCUGAUACCCGCAUGUUCCAUCUUCCUUGGCAUCAGACAGCUGAGGCUGCAAAAAAGAAUCAAGCUACACAUCUGUCUCUUCAUAUCCUUUAUAUUCGCUUCAUUGGUAACGGUCACGUGGGAUGUCGCUGUCUACCUGGAUCGAUUGCAGAACGAACGGGAAAAUACUGUUAUGCACCAAAAUUCAGCAGGCUGUAAGGUACUGUACAUACUGACACGGUACGUUAGCACGGCAAACUUCUUUUGGAUGUUUUGUGAAGGAUUAUAUCUCCAUCGCCUAAUCGUUCACGCCUUCUCGCCGCCAAAGACGCUCAUACCGUACUAUCUGUUUGGUUGGGCUGGUGCCUGGAUUCCAUCUCUGAUCUACUCCAUCGUCAGAGCUACAAAACAGGAAUAUAAUUCGAGUUGCUGGGUACACAACAUAGGUCCAUAUGAAUGGUUACUCUACACACCAAAUCUUUUUUGUAUUGUGGCAAAUGUCCUAUUCCUGGCUAAUAUACUGAAAAUCUUAUGCUCUAAAUUGCAAAUGCAUCCAAAUGAGCCGAGUAAUUACAGAAAGGCGUUAAAAGCAACGUUUGUGUUAGUGCCUUUGUUUGGUAUCCAGCAGUUCCUUGUGAUAUACAGACCCCUGCCGGGAACAACGCUCUCUUUUACUUAUGAGAUACUGCAAAAGGUCAUACAGAAUACACAGGGGGCGACCGUGGCAUUCAUUUUCUGCUUUUUCAACGGCGAGGUUUAUACAUACAUGAGGAAUUGUAUAGGAUCUCACAUAAACAUCGGCACGUCAUCCAAACAUCAUAAUCGUGAUAACAGCAUGUCUUCUGCAACACAAGUAACGUCAUACACAUCUUCUGCAAGACGAAACACGAAAUGCAAGGACAAUUUUGAUAAAAGUUAUAUGCCACUCAGUACAAGUAGUACCACACAGGAGCUGACAACACCGACAAAUGGUCACGUGACAUUUUCUGUAUGACGUCAAAACUGUUAUAGCCGAAGCGAUGUUAACUUAUGACAAGUGUUCAAGAAAUCAUGGACAAAAAAAAGCGCAUACGUGAUUGUGUAUUGUGCAGUUUAGAUUACUUUAGAAUAUAACGUGAAUUCACAUGUGGAAAGUGUUGUUGUUUUCUUAUCAUUGUUAGUUUUUUAAUCUUGUUCUUUCUCAUCAAAGGAUUAGUAAGAUAUGUUAAUUAUUACAUUGAAAGGAGAGAGAUGAAAGGGACCUCUGCAACUAUCUUCUGGUCUCUUAAACCUUUUUCUCUUUCAUUUCUCAAAUUGUCAUGCGUGUUCGCAGUCGUUGGUUAAUGUCAUAACUCACUUUCCUUGAAAA